ACAGCUGACCCGGCGGUGACGGGGCGAGGGAGCUUCAAGGAUGGCGGCGUCUGCGGCGCUGAUCCUGCGAGAGAGUCCCAGCAUGAAAAAAGCAGUGUCGCUGAUAAAUGAAAUAGACAUGGGAAGAUUUCCACGACUGCUCACCCGAAUUCUUCAAAAACUUCACCUGAAGGCUGAGAAUAGUUUCAGUGAAGAAGAGGAAGAAAAACUUCAAGCUGCGUUUUCUCUAGAGAAACAAGAUCUUCACCUAGUUCUUGAAACAAUAUCAUUCAUUUUAGAACAGGCAGUGUAUCACAACGUGAAACCAGCAGUUUUGCAGCAGCAGUUGGAGAACAUUCAUCUUGGACAAGAUAAAGCAGAAGCAUUUGUCAGUGCUUGGUCUUCUAUGGGUCAAGAAACAAUUGAAAAAUUCAGGCAGAGGAUUAUUGCUCCCCAUAAGCUGGAGACGGUUGGAUGGCAGCUUAACCUUCAGAUGGCUCACUCUGCUCAAGCAAAACUGAAAUCUCCUCAAGCUGUCUUACAGCUAGGAGUGAGCAAUGAAGAUUCAAAGAGCCUGGAGAAAGUUCUUCUGGAAUUCAGUCAUAAGGAAUUAUUUGAUUUCUAUAACAAGCUAGAGACCAUACAAGCACAGCUGGAUUCCCUUACAUGAUGUUCUUGAAGACUGGUUUCUCUGUCACACUCCUGCCACUCAUUAUUUUGCAUUGAAGAUAAACUGCCAGGUUGUGUUUUCUGAAGGAUUCACUAGCUUUCUUCUUGUAAAUUAUACAGCUUACUGCUUUGUAGACAAAUAACCGCCAAGGAAGAUCACUGUUCUGAGUGCUCAGGUUCCAAUAUGCAUUCUCUUGUUCUGAGAGCCAACAGCAAGUAAUGGUUAAGAACACUUUUGCGUUAAAGAAAAUAGCUGUGAAUAUCAUGUGGUUAUUACUGUCCUGUUUUUGUUUUAUUGCCUGACCCAUUUAUUUUUUACAUACUUGAUGAUACUUGUAGGUAUCAAGGAGGGUCCAUGGAUACAAAGUAUACUGUAUAUUUUAAAACAGGGAACUUUAGUGAUUACAUUGAUAAAAAUAAGUAGCCACAUGCAAUUAAGUACAUUAUGAUUUUUUUUCUUUAAUACAGUGAGUAUAUUUUCUUGGGAAAUAAUAUAGGGAGGACAUUUUAAAUAGAACUAGUACUAGCAUAUCAUUCAGUUCCAGUGUGAGCAUCUCUGUGCACUUUAGAUUUUUCUCUACAUUUAAUGAUUUAGUAACAGUUUGGGGGUUUAUGUGCUUUUCUUUGUACUGCAAAUUAAUAAUGAUUAAUUAUUAAUUUCAUAGCAUGGGAGACAGAUCCACAUAAUGAGUAAAAAUAAUUGUAAUGAGUGCCAAACAAAUAUCCUUAAAAUUCUAAAACAUACUUUUUACAUUCUCUUUCUAUGAAUAUGUUAAUUAAUUUCACUCAGUAAGAUUUUUUGUCUCAGAAUUAGUUGAACUGAAGUGCACAGCAUUUUAUUCUGUGGAUGUAUAUAAAUAUGAGUGUGGUUGCCUGCAGAAAAUAAUAUCACUUGAAUUUUUAUGAACGAAAUGUCUGUUCUACAUUUUUUUUCUAGAGAGAAAGACAGACAUGGUGGGAGAGGACAGGAGAGAUAGGAGGGGGAGAGAGAGAGAAAAUGAGAGAGAAUACAGAGAUACAAAUAUGACUUCACAUGAAAGAAUUGGAUUUCAGACAUACCCUAUAGUUAAACGGAGUCACUGAAUUUAAAUCACAUUUCUUAUAUGAGGUAUCUGAGUAAUAGGAAUGUUAGAUGACUCCCAGAUAUAUGUUCAGUAUAUGGAAUGUAUGCACUUACUUAUUUUAUAUGUGCGUAUAUAUUGUUGUUUAGAAGGCUUAGGAAUUUGGAUUUUUUUCAGAAAGUAAAUAUUACAGUGGCUGUCCAUAGUUGGUAGACUUGAAAAGUUUUUAAACUCAAACUUCCACUGAUAGGAUAUUUAGAAGACAUGUUUAGAAUGGGAUUUGUUUCUAUAUGUAGCUGUGUGGUCCGUCUUAAAUUUUUAUGUUCUGUUCUGCUGGUCCCCAGAGGUAACCACAUGACCACUAUAAACGUUUUGGUAAAUACUCUUUCAGCUGAUUUCUUAUAUACAAAUAAACAUGCCUCAUUUCAAGUUGAAUUUAUUAGGCCUUCCUGACAGAGACCAUAUGGAUAGAUAGAAGUUUUCAUUGGUUUAAUGGCCAACUUAACUCCCAGUGUAGAUAUCUAAAUUAAAUGUGACACUUCCAAGCAAAAUUUCUUAUUAAGUAGCUUAAAAUAGUGAUAAAUUGUUUUCUCUCCAUCAGUAUAGUUCAGGAAAGUCUGACCAAGGGCAUUGCAGAAAGGACCAGUAAGUAGUAGGUUUAAUUCCAACUAAGAACAUAAUUAUUCAUGAAAUAUAGUUUUUUUCUUUUCUUUCUUUCUUUUUUUUUUUUUUUUUUUCUUUUUAAGGCCGCACCUACAGCCUGUGGAGAUUCCCAGGCUAGGAGGCCAGGGAUGGAACCCACAACCUCAGAUUUGUUUCUGCUGUGCUGUAACAGGAACUCCCAUCCUGAAAUAUAUUUAUUGUAGAUAAUUUUAUUUCUUAAGGUAUCACCAUUGUUACAAUAUACAAGUCAAAAAAAGUAUCAUUCCCAAGGAUUAUUAAAUGUGUGUUACUUUUUCAGAGAAAUAAGAUGGAUGGGGCAAUAAGUGGGAACUGAAACUUAUUCUCUUAGUACAUUAACAUGUAUUGCAAGUUGCUUAUCAAAAGGAUUGAAUAAAAAUAAAUUACUUGCUAGAAAGGAGUAUUACAAAUAAUGUUUGCAAUUCCUCAGUUAGAAAAUAUGAUUGUUUUUAGUUAGGAAAUACCAAAAAAAAAAAAAAAAAACCAUGAAGGAAUAACCUAAAAUUGUAGAAUCUCAUCAUCUAGAAAUGGCCAUUAAUGACAUUUUGGUAGAUUUUAUUGAAAGGUUUUUUUUGUUUUUUGUUUUUUCUAUUCAUAUGUCUUUCUCCUUUUUUUCCUUUUUACAUAACAAAUUGGAUUAAUGCAAUAAAUAUAGUUUCACACUUUGCUUUGCUUCUGUAACAUUGUAACAUAAGGAUUUUUCUUGCCCUUAUUGUGUAAAACAUAAUUUUAACAUAUAUUAAAUUGUCCUUCAUUUAAAUGAGCUACUACACUUUAUUUAGUCAACCAGUCUAUUUUGGGGCAUUUAGAUUAUUUCCAAUUUUUUAACAUGCUAAAGAAUACGCUGGGGAAUAUCAUUAUAAAUAAACCUAGACCGCAUGUCUUAUUUUAUUAAUAUAGAUUGCUAGAAUUGGGAUUAUUAUGCCAAAACUAUGAAGAUUUGCUUUCUAUUUUUAUUUCUAAUGUGAUUGUAUUGUAAAAAUAAAAUUGCCUAUUGUUUAAAAAAAAAACAGUUAAGAAGUCUCUUUUGCUCACUCCCCAGAAGCACCUCCCUAACUAGUCGGAAACAUUUGUUUUGUAUCUUUUCAUAUGCCUCAUGUAAAUUAAAAUACCCUUGUCUGUGUA